UCUUGUAUAAAUUUGUUGCUCUUUGAGCCUGACUCAGUCAUUCUGGAAGCGCAGUUUGAGCAGUGCAAAACAAAAGGGAUAUUAGAUCGUGCUCAAAUUGUUUCUCUGUGCCUCAUAAAGUCGAAAAUAUGUUCAAACAAUUCUUAGCGAUUUCCCUCGCAGGAUGGCUGAUGAUGGGCUUUGCGGAAGCUGCCACCAAUCCGUGUGAAGGAGUUAUGUCAGGUUUCAAGCCACAUGAAGAUGAUUGCACAAAAUACUAUUCAUGUGUGAACGGAGUGGCACAUUUGCUGCAAUGCCCUGCACAGUUUCCAAUUUUCAACAACGGAAUAUGUGACAGCGGUGAUCCGGCGUAUUGUGUUAACUGUCCUGCAGAGGGAAUUUCUAGGUUCCCAGUUCAAUACUCGUGUACGCGAUUUAUACUUUGUAUUAACGGCGUUAAAAGUGAAGGAGAGUGUCCUCCUGGACUUAUAUUCGAUCGCACCAAGGAACAAUGUAAUCUGAUUGCUAAUGCUCCUGAGUGCACCGAGGUGUCUUGUCCGGCAGUGGAUGACCCAGCGAAUCCUACAUUCGUGCGCCAUCCUUCAAUUUGCUCCGCAUAUUUCAUCUGCGUGAGUGGACAACCAGUUAGACAGGACUGUCCGUCGGGUACUAAUUUUAACCCAAAUACAAAUACCUGCGAUAAACCAGCGAAUGUGGUGUGCCCAGCGUCAUUGCGUUCCACGACAACUCUCCUUUCCCUUGUCUCCAGCAAGUCAUCCAAAUCCAACGAAAAGUGUGCCGGUAAUAAGGGCAUCAUGAAUAUCCCUGAUUCAACAGAUUGCUCUAAAUAUUAUGUGUGCAUGAAUGAAGAACAGUUUGAAGUACCCUGUGGUAAUGGAAAGGUAUUUGACACGAAAACUUCCAAAUGUGCAGCCCCAGAAAUAUCAAUCUGCGCACGAGCUGCAAUUCCCAGGGCUGAGCCAUGUGCAGGCAACGUCGGAUUGAAGUACAAACCCCAUCCGAGCGAUUGUAAUAAGUAUAUAAUGUGCAUGGGUACAAAUAUGUACGAUUUAUCCUGCCAUGCAAAUGAACAUUUUGAUACUGUCACAAACAAAUGUCAAAAGGAAUCGCAAGCAACUUGCUCUUCAAAGUCCACAGUAGCACCAACAGCAGUUCCAACGACAGUUCCAACGACAGUUCCAACAACUAAGGCACCAACAACUAAGGCACCAGCAACAACAGCGCCUACGAUUUCGACCGCUGCUCCUGUUGUAAAUAUUCCGACAGCUCCUACACCUGUCCCAACUUGGGCACCCAUUCAACCUGCCCCAACACCGGCACCAUCUAUUCCCGUCGUAACAUCCGCUCCUGUGUUCAAUGAUCCGUCAGCACCGUACUGUCCUCCAGCACAGUUAUUCUUCCAUCCUCACCGAGAUUGCAGUAAAUUCUAUCGAUGCGUCUAUGGUAGAUUAUUUGUCCAAACGUGCCCCAUUAACCAAUACUGGAACCAAAAUCAAGAAUACUGCGACCACGUUUGGAAUGUAAACUGUUAUUCGCGAAUGUUACAAUAAAAUUUAAAACUGCCUGUAAACUUACAUCCCACGCAAACACCUAAUCCCAGUUUGAAUUUUAAUUCCCGUAUUUUAAGUUAACUAUUUUGUAUGUCAUUGAUUAGUACUAGCAGACCGAGAUCAGCAAGCCAAUUUGUUGUUCACAUCAACACAUGUUUAGGAAUAAAUUGUUUCUUGUUACAAAUAUUAAAACGAAAGCAUACCUAUGAUUCAUUCGCUGGCUUCCUUUCAACUGAAAAUGGUAAUUCUGGUUCGUUCGGCUUUUGGCGACGAAGGUUCCACUUUGAUGUCAUUUGGUAUUGGGUAACCGUGAAACUGUCCAAAAACCCAGAGAGUGAUCUUACAAAUGACAAUUAAAUGAUGAUUUUCAGUUAUAUUCUUCUUAUGAAUAGGAGAGUUUGAUGUAAAAAGGAAAGGGUUUUUCAAUAGCGUAAAUAGAGGAAGUUUGUUCCUGUAUCACCACAGUCACCAAAAAUAAAGCAAUUCAAAGAGUUCGGAAAUAGUUUGGUUAUUUGUGAAAAUGUGAAACCCGCCAAAAGACGGGGUUUGGCAGGUGGGCAAAACCAGAUCUCUUGA